GGAUCUUCUGGGUCAGCUGUGAAGCAGGAACAUACAUCAGGACUCUGUGCGUCCACCUGGGGCUGAUGCUCGGGGUCGGAGGUCAGAUGCAGGAGCUGAGGAGGGUCCGCUCCGGCGUGCUGGGAGAGAAGGACCACAUGGUGACGAUGCAUGACGUGCUGGACGCUCAGUGGCAGUUUGAUCACAACAAAGACGAGUCGUAUCUGCGGAGAGUCGUCUUCCCGCUGGAGAAGCUGCUGGUGUCCCACCGCCGGCUGGUGAUGAAGGACAGCGCUGUGAACGCCAUCUGUUACGGGGCCAAGAUCAUGCUGCCAGGUGUCCUCAGGUACGAAGACGGCAUCGAGAUGAACCAGGACAUCGUUGUCAUAACAACCAAGGGCGAGGCCAUCUGCACAGCGGUCGCCCUGAUGACCACCGCAGUGAUCUCCACGUGUGACCACGGCGUGGUGGCAAAGAUAAAGAGGGUCAUCAUGGAGAGAGACACGUAUCCUCGGAAGUGGGGUCUCGGACCGAAGGCGAGUCAGAAGAAGAUGAUGAUUCAGAAAGGACUCCUUGACAAACACGGGAAACCAAACGGCAGCACGCCGAACGACUGGAAGAACCAAUACGUUGACUACAGCGUCUCCACGGUAACCGAAGACUCCUGUGACACUUCAGCAAAGAGGAAGAGGGAGGUGACAGACAGCGACGGAGAGGUGGCGGCAGCCACACCCAGCACGCCAUCUGCAGAGGAUGUGAAGAAAGAGAAGAAGAAGAAGAAAAAAGAGAAGAGGAUGAAGCUGGAGGAGGUGGAGCCUGAAGAAACAGAGGCGGGGCCUGAUGGGAUGGGGGUGGAGCCUGAGACAGAGGUUGUUGAAAGUGCCAAAAAGAAGAAGAAGAAAAAGAAACAGAAAGAUGGCGAGGCGUCAGAGUGACAACGGUUUAUCAGCAGGUGAAGAGAAAUGGAGACUCCGCCCAAUGUCUCACCUGUGUGAAUGCAAAGCAUUCUGGGAGUUUAACAAUAAUGGACUGCGUGAAUGCAGAGGAAGAGACGUUUUUGGUUUUUUUACAUAAAUUUUAUUGUUUUUUCUGCUGUAAAUACCUGAACAGGAAGUCAGUUUGUAACUUCCAAAUAAAAGUCUUUUCUGUA